UGAAAAAUGAAAGUAGACGUGGUCACGGUGGUGAAAAUCAAAGAAUGAGAAAUGGAUUCAUCAGAAGAGUGGGAAGAGGAGGAGCAAAGCUUGUUGGUCGAACUUCAUGGGAUUUUAGAACCAGACUUUCUCCAGAAAGCUGAAGGCAACUGCAAAGUUUUAGGAAUAGGAACGGAGACGCCUUAUCUACAGGUGGAUGACUACACCUUUUCUGGAAAAUAUGUGGCUCCCGUGGGAUCCUAUCUCAUUUUCGAGGAGAAAAAGCCUGAUGAUGGAAAUAAUGCAAAUGUUUCAAACAAUCAUGUGGGACUAGAAGUUGUUUCCUGUCUAGAUAGAAAAUUAGACAUGCACAGAACAUUCAUCUCACCAAAAAUACAAGAAAGCUCCACUAGUGCUGAGAAAUCAAAAACUGCUAAUGCUGGUACAAGUCAACAAGAUCUUCCAGAUACAAAAAAUCAGAGCAGUAAUGAUGAUCCAGCCAAUGGGAAUGACUGUAACAAACCUGCUGCCGAAGAGACUAGUUCAGAGGUCACAUAAGUACCUAAGGUACAUGGAAGGUCAUUUAAUUGAUGCUGAAGUGAGCAGUAAAUGUAUGGAGAGCCAAAAGUGUUUCAAAUGAGCAGAACAGUGAUAGAUCUGUGUGCAAUUCAUGGAUUGUUAUCAGGGUGUAUGUUAAUGGGUGGACAGAACCAUAAUGCUGUGUUUGUUUCAUGCAAAGGUUUGCGAAAUAUUUUAUAGGAUAACAAAUAGUGAUGCAGAAAGAAUUUAAAAUUGACAUAUACACAUGUGCAUAACAUUCUCUAAAAAAAUGAAGGAAACUAAUGAGUGUUUGUUUUAAUUUAAUGCAUGACAAAAUUGAAUUUUGUUGUCAAUUAGCCCCUUCACGGUAACUGCGGUACUGCUCUUCUGCAGGGCAAAAUAAUAACGUUUGGCGGAGUUUUUGUUGAUAGAUAAUUAAAUGACGUUUUUUAAACAAUUGCUUUUACGUCAUAUUUCACCGAAAUCUAUCAUUUUGCCCUGCAAAAGAGCAGUAACGCAGUUAUCGUGAAACGGUGUAUUGUAAUACUCGUGUAAGAUAUACAUGAAU